GUCUGCUGAAAGAUGGCGGUAAACACUUCUCCGGCGUGGACGAGGCCUUGUUGAAGAACAUCGAGGCCUGUAAGAACCUGGCGCAGAUCACCAAGAGUUCCUUAGGCCCAUAUGGCAUGAACAAGCUCAUUGUGAACCACUUGGGUCGGCACUUCGUCACCAGCGACACCAACACCAUCGUGACAGAGCUUGAGGUGAUGCAUCCAGCAGCCAAGCUCAUCGUGAUGGCCGCCAAGUCCCAGGAAUCCCACGAGCAGGAGUCGGGCGAUGGCACCAACUUGUGUGUCUCCUUCGGCGGAGAGCUCCUGCUGCGGGCGGAGGAGCUGCUCAAGGAAGGCAUCCAUGCCAAUGACGUCUACAAGGGCUACGAGCUUGCGAGAGACAAGGCGCUGGAAUGCCUGAACGCCCAAGUCGCUUGGUCCUGUGAGGACUUAAAAAGCGUGGAGCAGCUCACGAAGUGCGUGAAGACGGCCAUCUCUUCGAAGCAGUUGGGCUGUGAGGGUCCAUUGGCGAAGCUGGUGGCAGAGGCCUGUGUGCAAGUGAUGCCUCCCACGCCGAGCAAAUUCGAUGUGGACAACGUGAGGGUCACGAAGGUUCAGGGUGGAAACUUGAACUCUUCCUUCGUGGUGGAGGGCAUGGCCAUCGCUCGACGAAGCAGUGGCGUGGAGAACUGCAAGGAGAAGGCCAAGGUGGCCAUUUAUGCGGAAGCCUUGGAGCUCGGGAGUACGGAGACGAAGGGCACCGUCCUCCUUGAGAGUGCGGAGCAGCUCAUGAACUUUAGCAAGGGCGAGGAGCAAAAGAUGGAGGAGAUGAUCAGGGCCAUCAAGGAGGUGGGCGUGGAUGUGGUCAUCUCCGGAGGGACCAUCUCGGACAUGGCCUUGCAUUUCUUGAACAAGUACAAGAUCUUUGCCUUGAAGAUCAAUUCCAAAUUCGAGCUGCGCCGCGUCUGCCGCACCGUGGGAGCCACCUCCAUCGUCCGCUCGGGGCCGCCGCUGCCCGAAGAGUGUGGCUAUGUGGAGUCCAUCAAGGUGGAGGAGAUCUCAUCCGAGCCCUUCACCAUCAUCAAGACGCGGGACUCCAAGAUCUCCACCGUCGUGCUCCGCUCCGCUUCGCCCAAUGUCCUGGAUGAGCUGGAGCGGGCCAUCGACAAUGCGGUGAAUGUGGUGAGAUGUACCGCUCGGGAUCCGCGCUUCGUCGCGGGAGCUGGAGCCACGGAGAUCGAGCUGGCGCACCAGCUGCAGCAGUUCGGCGCGACGGUCCCGGGUUUGGAUCAGUAUGCCGUGCUGAAGUUCGCCGAGGCACUGGAAGUGGUGCCCAAGAUUUUGGCCGAGAACGCGGGGCACAGCCACGUGGACGCCAUCACGGCGCUCUACGCCGCGCAUCAGAAGGGCGAGACCGCUGCGGGGAUCGACGUGGAUGCGGGGCCAGUGUGUAACGCACUGGAGAAGGGCAUCCUGGAUCACAUGGAGACCAAACGCUGGGCGAUCCGAUUCACCUUGGAUGCUGUGCUCACCGUUUUGAAGGCGACCACGUGUUCCGGGGCCCCCGCGAAUACGUGUGCGUUGGUUUUUUUUGUUGGAAACGGUGGUGGCUGA